AUGGACCCUCUAGCUUUGAGUCAAAUGGUGAACGUAUUGUCGCUUACACUUUCCCCCUGGACAGUGCCCUGCCUACUGCAAUGCGAGCUAAUUUUGAUGCGGCGCAGCGAGGUGGCACACUUAACGCUCGCCAACGCCUGCGGCAGCCCCCAUCUUCAUGUGCAAGCUUGGUUGACAAAAUUCCAAACCUCGCAGGACUUGCAAGAACAUGCGAGAUUUUCAAUGCUCAGAAACUGA